CUUUUAGAAAUACAUAGGGAAAAGGGGGAAAGGACUCUCCGAAAGAGUGUCCUUGUGUUCCACAUUUAUUCAAGGGGUGGUUAAAAACUGCUGUUUCCUCUUCCUUGGAGGGUGGUUCAAAGUCUCAGGUUGAUGCAUUUUCCCCUCCCACUGUGCUGUAGUAUGUAUAUAAACUUUGAGCUCUCUCCAGCCUCUCCCCAGUUCUCUUCUCAGACUAUCAGGAGGACAAGAGGAAGGCAGAGACAAAAGGGAUGGAGCUCCUUUGGGUUGCCACAGCCACCAUUUGUUUUCUGACCAUUUUCCAUCCAGCAGAAUCUGCCACUGCUCACUAUGACAAGAUUUUGAGCCAUAGUCGGAUCAGAGCACGGGAUCAAGGGCCAAAUGUCUGUGCUCUCCAGCAAGUUAUGGGAACCAACAAGAAAUAUUUCAGCACAUGUAGGAAUUGGUACCAAGGAGCCAUCUGCGGGAAGAAAGCAACUGUCUUAUAUGAAUGCUGCCCUGGCUACAUGAAGAUGGAAGGUGAACGUGGCUGUCCUGCAGUUGCUCCCAUAGAUCAUGUCUAUGGCACUUUGGGCAUCGUGGGAGCUACCUCGACACAACAAUACUCCGACUUAUCAAAGCUGAGAGAAGAAAUUGAAGGGCCUGGCUCUUAUACAUUCUUUGCACCAAGCAAUGAAGCCUGGGAUCUUUUGGACCAUGAAAUCCACAGUGGCCUGAUUGAAAAUGUCAAUAUUGAACUGUACAAUGCCCUCCAUAACCACAUGGUCAACAAGCGCUUGCUGACAAAGGACCUUAGGAAUGGCAUGACUGUGGUGUCUAUGUACAACAACCAAGAUCUUCAUAUUAAUCACUAUCCCAAUGGUGUUGUCACUGUUAACUGUGCCAGAAUUAUCCAUGGCAACCAGAUUGCGACAAAUGGUGUUGUUCAUGUCAUUGACCGUGUACUGACCCCCGUUGGAAAUACCAUUCAAGACUUCCUUGAAGCAGAAGAUGAUCUUUCUUCUCUCAGAGCUGCUGCCUUUACAUCAGGUGUAAUGGAUAGUCUUGGAAAACCUGGGCAUUACACACUCUUCGCACCUACCAAUGAAGCUUUUGAGAAACUUCCCCGUGGAGUCUUGGAGAGGAUCAUGGGUGACAAGGUGGCCUCUGAAGCUCUGAUGAAGUUCCACAUUCUGAACACACUUCAGUGUUCAGAAGCGAUCAUGGGUGGGGCGUCCCUUGAGACCCUGGAAGGCAACACAAUUGAAAUUGGAUGCGAUGGUGAAAGCUUGACAAUUAAUGGAGUCAAGAUGGUCAGCCGCAAAGACAUUGUGACAAGCAAUGGCGUAAUUCACCUCAUAGACGACGUUCUCAUUCCUGACUCUGCUAAACAGGUUAUUGAGCUUGCUGGUCCACAACAAGCGACUUUCAAAGAUUUAGUGUCUCAGGUUGGUUUGGCUGCAUCUCUAAAGCCAGAGGAAGAAUACACCCUCCUAGCUCCAUUAAAUGGGGCUUUUUCUGAUGACACACUCACCAUGGACCAGCGGAUCCUCAAACUGAUUCUUCAGAAUCACAUUUUGAAAGUGAAAAUUGGCCUGAAUGACCUCUACAAUGGACAGUUCUUGGAGACUCUGGGAGGAAAAAAGCUCAGGGUGUUUGUAUAUCGCACGGCUGUGUGUAUCGAGAAUUCUUGUAUGAUCCGAGGAAGCAAAGAGGGAAGGAAUGGAUUUAUCCAUGUUUUCAGUGAAAUAAUCCAACCAGCAGAAAAGACUCUUCAUGAAGUGCUGAGAUCUGAUAAACGAUUCAGCACAUUCCUCACCCUGAUAGAAGCUGCAGACUUAGAAGAAGUUCUGUCCCAACCUGGUGACUGGACUUUGUUUGUCCCAACAAAUGAUGCUUUUAAAGGCCUGACUGAACAAGAGAAACAGACUCUGAUGAGGGACCAAAAUGCUCUCCGGAAUAUUCUGCUUUAUCAUCUAACUCGAGGAGUUUUCAUUGGAAGUGGAUUUGAACCUGGUGUGACCAACAUUCUCAAAACUAUCCAGGGUGGCAAACUGUAUUUGAAAGUGGUAAAUGACACUCUUCUGGUGAAUGAACUCAAAUCAAAAGAAUCUGAUCUCAUGGCAACCAAUGGCGUAAUUCAUGUCAUAGACAAGCUACUGUAUCCUGCAGAUAUGCCAGUUGGAAAUGAUCAACUCCUCGCAAUUCUCAAGAAGUUGAUUAAGUACAUUCAGAUCAAGUUUGUUCGAGGUAGCACAUUCAAAGAGAUUCCACUGACAUUUUACACCACUCGAAUAGUUACUAAAGUUGUGGAUCCAAAGAUUAAAGUAAUUGAGGGCAGCUUUGAGCCCAUUGUUGGAAAUGAAGACAUUAAAACAAUAACAAGAGUAGUUGGCAGCACCAUUCGAAAAGAGAUUGAAGUGCCAUCCAUUACAAAGCUCACCAAAGUGGUUGAAGGGGAACCAGAAUUUAAGCUGGUCAGGGAAGGCGAAACUGUAACUAAAGUGAUUCAUGGAGAGCCUAAAAUUAAAAAAUACACGAAAAUAAUUGAUGGUCUUCCUGUGGAAGUGACUGAAAAAGAAGUGACAGAAGAAAGAAUUAUUCAAGGUCCUGAGCUGAAAUAUACCCGGAUCACUACAGGUGGUGGGGCAGAUACUGAGGAGACCCUGAAGAAAUUGCUGGAAGAAGAGGUUACCAAGGUGACCAAACUCAUUGAAGGUGAUGGUCAUUUACUUGAAGAUGAAGAAAUCAAAAGACUCCUCCAGGGAGCUGGAUCUGAGUACACCAAGGUUACUAAAGUAAUUGAGAGAGAGCCAAAGGUUGUCGAGACAGAAAUAAAGAAAAUUCAUCUGGAAGAAACACCUGUAAGAAGAGUGCAAACAUCCAGAAGGACACAAGGAUCGCCGCGGAGAAGAACACGGCUCGUCCGUCCUGCUGCAAAAAAGCAGCCUCCAAACAAAGAAUCUAAGAAUUGAAACUUUGGGGAAAAUAUGGAAACAACAGCAAAAAGUCACAGGGAAAGGUUUUGUUCCACCAAGGAAAACAUUUAUUGAAUCAUAUGGUUUCAUUAACAAUUGGGCAUAUCAUCCACUACUCCAUACAAUCACAUGGGACUACAUACGAUAGAAACCACUUCCUGAAAGUAUGCCUAAUGAGCAGGGAUUAACUCUGAAUGUAUCAAUUGUUUUUAUUACUCAGAACAAUAUAAAUUAAGUUAUAAUCCCAUCUGGAAGUAAAUACAUUUUUAAAGUGACACCAUGUAAACUAUGUAAGCCUAGCACUUUUAGAUCAUCAGAAUCCUUUCAAGACUAUCUUUUUAGGACAUAUUUAUGGGUCAUUAUGAUGCAGACAGCAUUAUCUAUAAUAUUCGGAAUGAGUAUUAAAGCACAGGAUCUUUGUUUUCAUCACUGCAUAAAACUAUUUUGCCAGUGAACCUGCUAAAUUAUCCUGCUUUUAUUCUUCAAAAAUUACUCAAAUGCCAAUGUUAGGGCUGUUUUUAGAUUGGUUACAGGAUACCUUAGGUUCGAAAUUAAAACACACACACUAGAAACAUUGGCCCACAUCUGGCAGAUGGAAGUACCCUUUCCACAGAAAAGGAGUGCCCUUUAGUCAUGAUAAGUGCUUGUGUUUAUCUGUUAAAGGAUAAAGGAUGGCAGGAGAUUGCUUGAACUUAAUCUUUGCAUAAAUUCAGUAGUAUAUGUGUAAGGAUGCUGAAUGUGGGCUCUUUCUUCAUGUUUUUGGAUGUAAGUCAAUCAGCCCAGAAGAUUCAUGUGAAUACAGAAAGCAUUUAUAGACGGUGAUGGAUAGACCAUACCACUUGGCUUAGAAGAUGCUUCAUGUUGUAUUGCUACAUGUACCAUUCAUCAGCUGGGAAGAGCAUUGCGCAUUUAGGAUCAUUGUUUUUCUUUAAGUGUAGAAAAAUGCUAGCUGGAUCCUGACCCUGCAUGUAUUUUUUUAAAUUGUUUUGGCUGAGACAAACUGACUGAAUGUUUCCCUUCCCAACUGAAGCAAGGUUCAUGUAAUUUCUGUACCUGUUAACUACAAAACCAGAAAAUAGUAAUUUGUUCUUUUAGCCUAUAUCUCAUUUGUCGUUGCAGCUUUGGCAGACACAUUGAAUCAAUGGAAGCUUGCUAAGUCAACACGUUAUGUACGUUUUAUUGAUUCAUUGAGUCUACUCUGGUUUAAGGGUUUAGGCCAUAGAUCUCCAUAGAAAUUGACUUUUAAAAGUGCUUAUGGUUUACACCGCUGUCCCUGCCUGAAAUUAUAAAUCAGCUAGACUGACCUACAAACAGACGAUCUGAAGAAGCUGAAUUCAAAAGGGAUAAGUGCUGCUCACUUUAGUGGAACUAAAUCAGAUGAACUCAAACAAUUUUGGCUUGACCAAUUUUUGGAUUUGAUUCUCUGGGCAAAGCUCUCUGAUUUAUGAAAUAUGUAUUGAAAUCAACUGAAGUUCUGUAACUACAAAUAUAUGCAACCCCACUUGAUCUAAUGGGUCUUCAUAAAUGAACAAGUACAUUAAAUAAUCUGAUCGAUCUAAACAUUGAAAAUUUAUCUCCAAUAUUUCAUUUCUGUACAAAAGACAAUCAGAAUGAUUAUGAAAUGUUACUUUCCUCAUGGGCCAAUGAAAUGAAUGCAAAAUUAUUCCUAUUGAAAAGAAUUUGGAAUUGGUCUGGAAUAUUUUGUAUCAGAAAUGCUUUGCUAUUUUCCAUUAUUAAUGUGGGUAUGUUUGUAAAUUGUCAUUUUUAUAACUUGUUUAUUUGCUUCUGCCAUAUUUCUCUGACAACUAUACAAGAAUCUUUGUGACGGGAAUAGCAUACUUUUGUCAAGGAGCCUUAAUUCUACAGUGUUUUGUCAAAAUGAAUUCAGGAUGUGCCUUUAUAUUUCUAUUUUGAAACAAAUAUUCAUUAAAAAUUGGCUAAAUAA